AUGUCGUACCGAGAGCUGAGAAACUUCACGGAGAUGAUGCGAGCCCUGGGGUAUCACCGUCCUGUCUCUGUUGAGAACUUUCGGAACCCCAACUUCGAGUUAGUCGCCGACAUCUUGCGAUGGCUGGUGAAGCGGUACGAGCCGAUGGCAGACAUCAAUGCAGAAGUUGGGAACAUGCAAGACCGCGUCGUCUUCCUGAAGCAGUGUGCACAGCUGAUGCAAUCUAAGGGAAGGAUCAAGCUCAACACCAAGAGGCUGUACCAGGCUGACGGGUACGCUGUGAAGGAGCUCAUCAAGAUAGCCAACGUGCUCUAUGACGCAAUCAAGUCGAACCCUGACGACGAAGACGACAUCUUCGGUACUGACAACUUCUCGCUGAAGCUCAACGACCUCAAGGACAUCCGCGACCUCGCCACUGAAAUCACCCAGCAUGGCGCCGCUCUUGCCGAGCUGCUCGGUAGGGAGGAGGCGAACAGGGAGGCGCGGCAGCGGGCAAUCUCAAGGAACGCGGAGGUAGGAGACAUCGAGAAGGUGAUCAAGCAGCAGAUCUUAGCAGCGAGAGACACGAUGGCGAACAAGGAGAAGAUGAUGGAGGAACUUCUGGCAGACGAGAAGUCGCUCAAGAAGAAGAUCGAGAAGAAGAGUGUGGAGCUCGACAGGAACGAGAAGAGGUUUCGCUCUCUCCAGACUGUCCGCCCCGCGUUCAUGGACGAAUACGAGAAGCUGGAGGACCAGCUGCAGGAUCUGUUCCGCGACUACUUGGAGAGGUAUCGGAACCUCGACUACAUCGACAACCUGCUCGACCAGCACAACAAGGAGGAGCAGGAGAAGAUUGACGAGAACGAGCGGAGGAUGAAGAAGAUGCAGAAGAAAAUCAAAGAGGAGGAGAUGCGGGGAGGGGAAGGGGAAGGGGAAGGGGAAGGGGAAGAAGGAGGGGAAGGGGAAGGGGAAGGGGAAGGGGAAGGGGAAGGGGAAGGGGAAGGGGAAGGGGAAGGGGAAGGGGAAGGGGAAGGGAAAGGGGAAGGGGACGGGGAGGCGGAAUGA